CCAAGCCUAGCAACCAAUUUCCGUUCCUGAAUUCUAAAUCCCUCUUUCAACAAAAUCUUGGUAUAUUCAAUCAUUCUUCAAUCUUUCUUUGAUCAUCAUCUUCUUUGAAAGAUGGAGUGUAGGCCUUUGGAUAUCGUGAUCAAGUCCGGCAAGGACUUGAAGGACGUGAAUCUUUUCUCCAAGAUGGACGUCUACGCCGUCGUCAAAAUCGACGGUGACCACAACCUCAAAUCCUCCAAACAGAAGACACCCACAGACAAAGACUGCGGCCCGAACCCCAAAUGGAACUUCCCCAUGAAAUUCACCAUCGAUAACGCCGCCGCCCAGCAGAACCGCCUCGCCCUCGUCAUCAAGAUCAAGUCGGAACGAAACUUUGGAGACAAAGACGUCGGCGAAGUCCACGCGUCCAUCAAGGAGCUGUUGGACGGUUUCGGCGACGCGAAGGAAACGAAACACGUGAGUUAUAGCGUCAGGACCCCAUCUGGGAAGCCGAAAGGCAUGCUGGAGUUCUCGUACAAAUUCGGGGAAAAGUUCACCUCGACUGAGCAUAAAAACAAACAGGCGGCGGGCAAGGAGCAGCAACCGAUUAUGGCUUAUCCAGUGGGGCACGCGGCGGGACCUAGUGGCGCAUAUCCGCCGCCAGGAGCAUACCCACCUCCUGCUUAUGCGCAUGCGCCGCCGCCUGGUGGGUACCCACCUCCUGCACAGCCACAUGGUGGGUACCCACCUGCUGUGCCGGCAUACGGUGGAUACCCUCCUGGUGGGUACGGUGGGUACCCACCGCAGUAUCCUCCGCCGGGUGGGUAUCCACCUCAGGCGGGAUACGGAUACGGUGGGUACGGGGCGCCGGUGAUGCAACCACAGAAGCCACCAAAGAAGAGCGGCGGGGUUGGAGGGAUGGCUAUGGGGCUUGGAGCGGGAUUGCUGGGUGGGUUGUUAGUCGGAGAUAUGAUCUCGGAUGCGUCGGAUAUGGGAGGAUAUGAUGGUGGGUUUGAUGAUGGUGGUGGUUUUGAUUUCUAGAUCUUGUUUAUUUAAUUUUUUUGGAGCUUAAAUUUCGUUUUAGAUGGAUUGCUGGCCCCUAAAUGGAAUUAUGAGGGUUUGAUAUCAUGCUAACUAAAUAAAUUGAUGGAUUUUCCACAUUUGUUUUGGGUUUGGAUCGAUGUAAAUCUCUUUUGUGGAUAAUUUUAGUUAUUUUCAUCCUAAUUAUUUGGGAUGUUCUCAAA